ACAUACCAGUUUAUUUAGAGGGGAAAAUAUGAAUAGUGCAAAAGGGGAAAGCGUCCCGCAGACCUUUGGAGGAUUGAUUUACGCCCCAUUGACUCUUUAUCAGGCUCACGAAAAAGUCUGACCAAUCAUUUUGCUCGAAGCACACAGCCUAGCAGCUCGACUCCAGUUUGUUUGAAAGCGAGUACAGAGAGCAUCUUGGAUAGCGGAAAGCCCAGUUCUAUGGUAUGUGGUUUACCUUCAAUGAACUGCACAUAGUAUAAUGUCCGAGAAUGUCCAUUUCUGGACCUCUAAGCAGCUACUAUGUCGAUUCCAUCAUAAGUCAUGAGGGAGAAGAUCCGAGCGCUGCCCGAUUCUCCAAUGUACAGUAUUCCAACACUAGGCAACCGGGAACCGGGGAACAUAAUGAAUUCCCUUCGUGUAGCUUUCAGCCCAAGCCUCCUGUGUUUAGUUCAUCAUGGAGUCCGUUCAGUUCCCACACGCCCAACAGCUUACCGGCGGUUUACCAUCCCUAUAUACCAGCGCAGCCUGUGCCUUCAACGGACACCCGGUACCUUCGUACAUGGCUCGAUUGUGCACCGAGAACCACCGAGCCACUGGACGGCCAGAGUCAAGUCAAAAUGGAGCCACCACUAAUACACCUCGAGGAGCCCCCUAAGAUUGGAGUACAGCACGAUUAUGUUUUGGAAUCCUCCUCAGCUAGGGAAAUAAAUCCCGGCCACGGCUCUGGAUUUGAAGACAGCAAGGAUAUUUGUGACGGUAGUAAGGACAAAGAGGGACCGGAUCAAAACGAUCCAUCAGCCAACUGGUUACACGCUCGCUCAUCCAGGAAAAAGCGUUGUCCGUACUCUAAGUAUCAAACACUAGAGCUCGAGAAGGAAUUCCUCUUCAACAUGUAUCUUACCCGGGACCGGCGGCACGAGGUAGCACGCUUGCUGAACUUGACGGAGCGGCAAGUUAAAAUCUGGUUCCAAAACCGAAGGAUGAAAAUGAAGAAAAUGAAUAAGGACCAGUCCAAGGAAUAAAUGGACAAGUUUGGGUUCUCAGCUUUUCCCUCUUUUAUCACCGUUAUGGUGACCUCUGGACAGAAUUAGAAGAUUUUUGCAGCUUAUGCUUGACAUUGUUUUUAUAUUCUGGGAUGCAGAUCAACACUAAAACCUGAGUAUUCUUUGUAGAAAGCUACUUGAUGGGCAAGCACACUGGUAGCCAACUGUAUAACAUGAGUAGAGUAUUUAACUAUUCCUUGUUUUGAAUUUCCUUUCCGCUUUAAUUUAUAUGCAAAAAUAUAUAAGUACAGGUACUUGUAUAUUUUAAGUUGAACAAAUUUGACUUUGUAAACAUUUUGUCGACAUUAUUAUUAUUAUUAUUAUUAUUAUUAUUAUUAUUACAUGGCAAUAAGUGUGGUUGCAACCAUGCAUCCUUAUAAUAAAACUGAUUUAGUGUUAGUAAAUAAUUGGUUAUUGACUGAAUUAUUAUUAUUAUAAUUUUUUUUUAAUGUAAAAUAAGGGAUAUCAUUUUUUAUUGUUCCGUGACAAAUAUUCAGAUAUGCAUUCCUUAAAUGAUGACAUUCGUUGGCAGUAAAUUUUGCAUUUGUUAAAAUGUAAGUACUUUUUAAAUACUGGAGGACAAAAACUGGCUUUUCUUUUAAAUAUUGCAAAUAAUGAGUUUAAAUAUAUAACAGCUUAAUUGUUAUUGUUUUAUUGCUUGUCUUAAUAGUUUGGAAGAGAUUUAGAAACCUACACAUUUUCAGUAUAGUUAAUGCACAAUAACAAUAACAAUAUUCCAAGUUUUCGAGAUUAAGCAAAGACACAAAUCAAGGUUUUGGAAAAUCGUGAAACAACAAAUUAUACGCUGCGUUACUUCGUUUAACUUAUCAUCUUAACUGAUGCCCCAGUUAUACGAUAAUAAAGGAAAUAACUUACGGAAUGUAUCUGCUGGAUGUGUGUUUACGUAUGUAGGUAGCUUGUGAAUGAAAAACUUUCGGUUUUAAACUAGCGGUGGUUGUAAAAGUUUACAUGCUUUAUCGCAUGCCUUGUAAAGUUUUAGUUAGUUUUUUUAUUAGGUAGUACAAUUCUAAGCUCUUCCAUGCGUGGUAUUAAAAUGCUAGUUAUAAUUUAUUUCAAAUGUUACUGACUUUUUUAGUGGAAUGUUUCUUGUUUACUUUGUGUAAAAGAUAUCUUAUUUGUUCUUUCUUUUUUUUCAGACACGCUUUUUACAUGUUGUUGUCAUAUGACAGAAAUUUGUUAACAUAAAAGUAUUAUGUUGUAACGUUUGUACCACAUUGCAUUAUUUUGCUUGUACAGAAAUAGUUGCCUAAUGGUAAUCUCUGUAGGCUCGUGGGCGUCUGUCUGCAACUUCUCCUGAGGUGUGGGAUUUCUCCAGUUUACCUCAAACGGUGUCACACCCAACGACAAACUGACCGACAGACAUACAAGUUUACACGGCUCACUGAGUUCUUGUUACUGGCGCAUACUUAGACUGAUGUUAAUUUUUUUUUACAAAGGAUAAAACGAAUAUUCCACAUUCAUUAUUGACAUAAACCGUCCCUAGUGAAUAAAAACAGAAAACCUAA